CGAACUCGCGAGUUGAAUCCAGCCUUCCAGGCCGCCUCCAUCCAGUGUGACUCCUUUGGAAGAGUUAAGUGGACGUGUUUGUUGCUCCCGCUGGAUGUAGUGGUUACUUAUAAGUGAAUGUCUGCUGGAACGGAUCUCUUGAACGAUGCGUUUAUUAGGCGCUGCUGGUGUGGGCGUGGUCAUAAGUGGAGCUCUGCUGAUGUCGGCUCAAUCCAUGUCCACCCAUAAAGUAAGGACUAAGAGACAGUUCAAUUACAACAACCGCCAACAACAAACUAAUUAUGGAAACGGUUACCAGUCGAGACAGGGCAACAGCAAUAACGCACGCCAACAACAACAACAACAACAACAACAACAACAACAGCAACAGUGGUACACCAGCGGCAAUAACAACAACAACAAUAAUAAUGAACAACAGUACAGCACGGAUUACAACGCCUUGUUACAGCAGUACGCUGCGUUGACUUCAGCAGCAAAUUCAAACACUGGUUAUUAUGAUACGUACAGUAACUCUAUUGCAGACUACGCACCUGAUGCUUACGUACCAGCAGCCACUUUUGCCUCGUCCGUCUCUGAGAAUCCAGACUCUUCACCAGCACUCUCGGCUCUGGCGCUGUUGGGUUUCCUCUACUUCCUAAACCUCAUCCAGGACGUCCUACAGAACAACGGCAGAAGGAAACGUUCAGUCAAUUUGCCUGAAGAAACAGACGAAGGGUUUUACUCGACCUCAUACUUGGAGGAUCCCCUCAUCAUCCCUGAAGGGAUGGAAGAAGACGACACUCCCGGGUUCCUGAAGGACGAAGGUGUAGAGAUCGUGGAAGAGGAAACCGAGGAGAAAGGGGAUACAGAACAAGAGGCAGCGAAGGCAAAAGAAAGGAUGGACGUAGAAUCUCCAGCUUCUGGUCGAAGCUUCUCCUUCCUCGAGAACUUCUUCAUUAAGUUACCCCAGGCAUUGGGUCUUUCCUGGAGGCCUCCACAGAUUGACAGAGAUGGCAGGGACGAAAGCUCGUGGGACAUAGGAAACUUCAUUUCCUCGAGACUUAAGAUGAUAUCUUCGAUCAUGAGCUUUCUGCAGGACCCCAGACCCUCAAGGAUUCGCAGAGGAGUACCGUUGAGUGAAGAUGAUGUGGUCAGAAUUAACGCAACUGAUCAACAAAGCUUCAUCGACAGAUUUCGAAGGUUUACCCACUCUAUGAAUGCUUGGUAUGAUGCACUGGGAGGAGAGAAUUAUGAACCCAAUGACGACUCUUCCUCUGGCAUGGCUGCUAAAAUGGCCUCAUUCUUAGGUGGAGGGAGGCACCUUCAGGAAGCAGUGAAGAAGGACGCAGUGCCCACCUUCUUAGAAAUCACAAAAGGCCUUGAUGGAAGACACCCGCACUGCAUCCAGAGAGCUCUUUGUCGCAUAAACUCGCACACUUAUGGAACUUCCUUCGUUUCCAAACUCGCCAUUCAGUUUUUAAGCAAUCAGCUGAUUGGAGAACCAUCUUCUGAAGGACUUUCGAAGGCUAACCAACGUGCCAUGGCAGCAGGAAGAGAAGGCUUAAACUGUGAAGACGAAUUUCCAGACUGCUCAUCUGAAGCUCCAAGCACAGUACCAUCUUCAACUCUUGAUACUAGUGACAGAAAGUAAAAACAUGAUAGUCGAGAUAAUUUCCAAAAUGCAGCAGUGCAAGUGUUUCAAUGCAAACAAACUAGUACGUACUUUGCAAAAACAAGGGAGACCAUGACACAGCAAACAAACUAGUUUUGCCAAAACAAAGGAUACUGCAACACAAGAUAAACAGAGUUUUGUCAUAACACAAGAAUAGAAAACCAAGUAAUUGUUUGUUUGAAGUUUGACACACCUUGCCUAAUAGAAAGUAGAAUUAUGUUCCAAAGACACCUAACAUUUGUAAAAUGAGGUGUGAGAUUUACAACUAUCCUAUUAUAUUUAACAAAAAUAUGUAUGGGACAGUUUCUCCCAUAAAAAUUUUCUUACAAAAUUGCAUUUUCAAGAUCAUGUAAAUGAUAUAUGGGAUCAAAUAGCAGCAAGUCAUAGUAUAACAUUUAUCAUGAUAAUGUUCAUUAGCAGUGACACAAACAGCUUGCAUUAUAUAACUGUUACAUCACAUGUACUGACUUAGACAAACCGACUUAGACAAACCUGAUGAAAUUAUUCACUAGUUGUGGACCUAUUAAUGGUUGAAAGUACCUCAAAAAAUAGUGAAGGAGCAAAUCGACUACAGAUCUAUUAAGUAUUUAGCAACUAAGUGAGGUAUCACAACUACAUCAGAUGCUUGUCUCUCAUAGCUUUACAUUAUGGUCAAGUCAUUUCUUGGAAUGAAAUGACAUUGACAUUACCUUUUACCAAAGUGGUUUGUGACGUCAGUUCUGUGAAAAGUGAAUAAUUUUGGCAAGUUUUGUUCUAAAUAUUUACAAGUUUAGCACUAUCAAGCUCAAAAUAAUUGUAUUUUCAAGAGAAGCAAGGCCAAUUCUCACUGUAUCUUUUAUAGCUCUAUUUUCAAGAGAGGGAAGGCCGAUUCUCAAUUUUGUAUCUUUUAUUAUAGCUGUUUUACAAUGAUCUCCAAGUCUAGUUCUGAGUUAGGAAUUUUCAUGUUAAACAUGGGGCCAAUAUUCAGGCAUUUGUAAUGUCAACUGCCUUUUCAUUUUUAUACUGAUAUAUAAAAUAUAAAUGGCUCAUCAUAAAACUGUUACUUUCAACAGAAAGGGCAUAAUAAUUUUAAGGUGACUCAUAUUUAGUUGAAAUGCUAUAAAGGGCCUAUAUUACAAAAUAUAUUAGAACUGUUCUCCGUGUCUCCUUCUAUUGGUACUGUUAUCGUUAAUCUUUAUUUAGGAUGUAUUAAUUGGCAUAGGUUAGUGUGCUACCAAGUUGCAUCACAGUUUAAGGUUCUUAAUUUAAGCAAUACUGUUAUUUUGUUGGAGAGCAGUUUAGAAUUCAGACUGAGGACAGUCUUCUUCAAACUUUUGCUCCUAUUGCAAGCUUUCAUAUUUUUAUUCUUACACUGAUUUACCUCGUCAUUAUCGCAAUCAUAAGCAUUUGCAGUUUCUAUUUCUUUCAUGAACUUAAUAUUAUUAGUUCAAUAUGACUUUUUUGCCUGUCAUCAUCAUCAUCAUCAUUCAUGCAUUUAAUUUUCAUAACUGUAUUUAUUAAACCAUAAAAGAUAACAGUACAGUUUA